UCAUGGCGCGCGCAACCUUAACAGCUGGCCGAUGCGGGACGUGAGCCUCCACCUCUCAGCGCAGCCGCUGCCGGAAGGCUGGGAGCAAUGCUUGGAUCUCAAGGCGGGAGAGAUGUACUACUUCAAUAAGGCGCUUGGGCUUCGAACCAGGGAUGACCCACGUAAGGGAUUCGACUGGAGCAGCAGCAACAGCAGCCAUCCCCUCGCGGCCGCCAAGGGCAUGGCGUCGCUCCUCGAGAUGAACAACACCUACAGGAUGGCCUUGGCGCAGCUGCAGCAGCAGCGGUAUCGAUAUCAUCAAGUCGUGCAGCGGCAUUUGGAUCUCAGCCGCAACCUGUCUUGCACCUGUGCCUCUUGCUCUUGGAAGCGCCAAUUUGGCCGCAAUCACCACGACGCCUCGGGUGCUAUGGUCCAGAGGAAGCGAGGGUGAUUGCAUGCUUGUUUUCCAAAUCAAUUGCGAACCCCACAACUUUGAGCAUU